AUGACAGCGCUUGAAGUUACCAAGAGUAAUGUUGGUACUGUAACUGUUAGAUUAGGCUUUUCAGAUACUACAGCAAUGGCUAUAGCUAAUGCUGCUGCAGGGUUGAGCUCUGCCAUGGCUGCCCAAUUAGUUUGGACCCCAAUUGAUGUUGUGAGCCAGAGACUUAUGGUUCAGGGCUGCAGCACCAGCAGCAAAAACAUCCUCCCCAAUGUGAGUUCCUAUAAGUAUAGCAAUGGUCUUGAUGCUUUUAGGAAAAUUGUACAUGCAGAUGGGCUGAGAGGAUUGUAUAGGGGAUUUGGGAUAUCAACGCUGACUUAUGCACCGUCGAAUGCGGUUUGGUGGGCUUCGUACUCUGUUGCACAUAGGCUCAUUUGGGGUGGUUUUGGUUGCUAUAUGUGUAAGAAAGAUGAGAGCGGCUCAGCCAAUAGGCCUGAUUGCAGGGCAAUGCUGGCAGUGCAGGGGUUGAGCGCAGCCAUGGCUAGUGGGGUUUCUGCUUUGAUCACCAUGCCACUGGAUACCGUCAAGACCCGGCUGCAAGUUUUGGAUGCAGAAGAAAAUGGGCGAAGAAGACCACUGACCAUAAUGCAGACUGUGAGGAAUUUGGUGAGGGAAGGUGGGUUUGCUGCUUGUUACAGAGGGCUCGGGCCUAGGUGGGCUUCAAUGUCAAUGUCUGCUACAACCAUGGUCACUACCUAUGAGUUUCUCAAGCGGAUGUCGACUAAGAGCCAAGGGAGCUACCCAUCUUGACUUGAGCAGUCAAAUGGAGAGAACACAGAAAGAAGUGGGUUUUGAUUCCAUUUGUUGCAAAUUGUUUUUGCCGUUGGCAAUACUGCCCUGCCUACUUGCCACCAUAUGGGAUAUUGUAAAUAUGUAUAGUGUAGUUUUCUUCUAUAUUUCCUCCUCUUUUUUUCCAAAAAUUCAUGUAUCUUGCCUCUUCCUCUUUCAUCUAUGUUGUGCAAGUAAUUCAAUUUUCCAUGGUUUGACUUGACUAUGUGUCUGUGUAGGGGAUAAAUGGAAACUUCUUGACAUAUUAUAAGGAUAAUAUUCAUA